UUGGACAGCGUUCAAUCUUUCCUCACACAAAAACAUAACCCCAGAAACCAAAAAAAAAAAAAACUUCAAAAAACGAUUUUUUCUUCUUCUGGGUCUCUGGUUGUGACGAUCGGAUAGAGAGUUCACAGAUUCAUAUUCUGUUUAAAACUAAUCGAAUUGAAGCUUAAGGAAUUGGGAGAGGGAGAAGGUUUUGUUGCGUGAAUUGAAUUGUGUGGUGAUUGAUUCGAGCUCUCGAGAGAAAAAAAAGGGGGGUUUUGAGAUUUGAUUUUGGGUUAUGGGUUUAGGCAAUAAGCUUAACAAAUUCAAUUUCGGCGAUACUGAUCUCGCCCACGAAGGUGGUGCCGACGAUGGAGGAGAUCCUCGUGGCGACGAAGGAGAUGGCUUUGGCUCGGUUGCGUGUUCGAUUUGUCUCGAUACGGUCGCUAAAGAGGGCGAUCGAGCUUGGGCUAAUCUUCAAUGUGGCCACCAGUUUCAUCUCGAUUGUAUUGGCUCAGCUUUCAAUGCAAAGGGGGUGAUGCAGUGCCCAAACUGUCGGAAAAUAGAGAAAGGCCAGUGGCUUUACGCAAACGGUUGCCGUUCACACCCUGAAUUUAAUGUCGAGGAUUGGGUUCAUGAAGAGGAGUUUUUUGAUAUCGGAGGAUACUCUGAAGUGGCUUUUGGAGUUCAUUGGUGCCCAUUUGGAAGUUCAGCGCGUCUUCCUUCUUUCAAUGAUGCAGAAUUUUCGCCGAGUUCAUAUCACGAUCUUUUCGGCCAGCAAGGUUACUUUACAGAACCAGCAGCGCCAACAGCGGGUCACCCAUGCCCGUAUGUAACCUACAUCGGCCCGGUUCAUUCGUCUUCCUCAAGCACUGGAGGUGCCGCUGGAGUUUCAGAGAGUUCAACUUUCACUUGGAACACCGGCUCAUCGGUUUCCAGUGAAGUCCCAGCUCCUUAUGGCUUCCCUGUGGAUCCGCACUACCACAGCUGGGAUUAUCACUCCCCUCCACCUCCACCGCAACAGCACUUCUCCCUUUCUGUCCCAAACGUGGGCAGUCCAACUCAGCCCACUCCUCCACCAGCUGCUGCAAGGACUUCCCGUGCCAACGGACCAAGACCGCCGCAGUUCAUGCGUCCAUCAUAUCAUGGUCAAACUCACAGUUCUAGUGGUAGAGCUGGGAGCUCGGUGGCGCCGCCUUUUCCGGGAAGCAACGCACGGACACGAGACAGAACGCAAGCUCUUCAAGCCUAUUACCAACAGUCUACUGCACAGUCACACCAACAGCCUGAUUCUCCUGUAGUCUCUCGUGGGCCUGUAUUCCCCUCUGGACGGAGGCCCAGUAGAGGAUCAACUUCUUCAUCUUCGGAUCAGGCAGGGGGGAGCGGGUUUCUCCGGUUUAACAUAUGGGAGAGGGAGCCUUAUAUGCCGUUGCAACAGGCUUACCCGGUUAACCAGAUGGACAGAGAACCAUCCAUUUGGACAUCUUCUUUCAAUGAAGGGUCAGGAAGCUUCCUUCAGAGGCAUGGCGGCGGAGGAGGAUCAUCGUAAGCCAGCCGGUGAGAGGCAAUGCUCAUGAACGUUGGACCCGAAAAAAAAACAUAAAAAAGAAAACAAUUGGGAAUUUGAUAAUUUGAGAAAAAAACCCGCAUGCUCAAAGUUAUGUGAUGAAUUGAUAAUCUUUAAAAAAAAAAA